AUGGGCGCAGGCGAAACGGGUGAAGCAGGGGGUGGGGGGAGGGCGGGCGUGGAACGAAGGGGGGAGCCACGGGAGGGCGAGGCGGGUGGCGAGUCACAUGUGGCAUGCAAAGCGAUUCCACAUGGUGGACACGUGGGGUUACAGGCUGGCAUCGAGGCUGCAUGGCAGGUGCGGCCGCAUGAUGACAUGUGCGGUGCAGCACAGAGCAUCCAUCAUGCCCCGUGCUCGCGCCACUGCUCCAUUCCUUGUCCCAUCCCCUGUCUACUCACUUACCAGUUCGUUCCGUCUCUCGCCCCUGUCGCCCCUCCCUGCGCGUGCAGGGGCCGUGGCAGCCGGGCGGUGGUGGAGGCGGUGGGCAGGGCGGCCGUGCUGCACGACGCGUCGUACCACUCCGCCAUCCAGCUCACUGGCGCGCAGGCGGACAUCUCCGCUCUGCUCGCCUGCUGCACUUCCCCAGGCGCACUCCCCCUCGCCUCUCGCCCCGCGCCUGCCACCCCUCACACGGCGCAUGCUGCACGCACAGACAGGGGUGAUGGAGGGGCGGGUGAGGCGGCACGGGGGGAGGCAUGGAGGCGGGGAGUGCUGGAGCUGAGAGCGCUGCUCUGCUCCGUGUCGAGUGAUACCAGCAGCAGCGACGUGAUUGGUCCGGCCAGUUUCAUGUGGCAGGCAGUGGCGUGUGCGGCAGAGCAAGGGUGUGAUGGUGCUGCUCGUGCGCCUCGUGCCACCGCUCGUGCGCCGGGUGCCACCGCUGUCCUUGGUGCUGCUAGCGGUCAGGGUGGCGGGGGAGAGAGAGGCGGUGGGGAGGUGAAGGGAGGGCAAAAGGACGAGGGGUUUGGAUGGAAGCAGCGGCGGAGAGAGAAGCAGGGGCGGCGCAAGCAGGAGCAGCGGCGGCAGAGGUGCGUGUGGGUGUGGGUGCAUGCCCUCAUGCUGCCCGACGCCCUGGCCGCCCUCACAGCCGCCAGUCAGCAGCUGGACCAGGAGAGCAGCAGCGAGCAGAAAGGGUGGAGGCGGAGGCGGGUGAGUGUGGAGAGUCGUGAGGGCGAGCUGUGUCGGCUGGAGGUGGCGGGGCGAGCUGCCCUCCCCCUGCUGCUCUCCGUGCUGCGCCCCUCCGCCCCUUUCAACACCCUCUCCCCCGUGCUGCUGCCGCUACCCUUCCCUGCUGCUGCUGCCCCUGCCGCCUCUGCCUCCCCUGCUGCCCCCACCUCUGCUUCGCCUGCUGGCCGCUCUGCCUCGUCCGCUGCAGCAUCAGCGCGCCUGCAGCAGUCAGAAGCGUCCUGGAAGGUGCUGGCAGAGCAGGGGGCGCACCUCCCUGGUGGGGCCGUGGUGGGGUUGAGAGCGGUGGACGCGCGGCUGCUGGCAGGCAGGGGGAGGGAGGCUGGUGGGGUAGCUGGUGGGGCGCCUGGAGGGCGGAUAGGCUCUUCUCAUGGACAGCACACUGGGAGUGCUGAUGUGUUACACAAGGGUGGUCUGUGUUUCGAUUGGUGGAGAGAUGUGGCAGGAUCGGUGGAUGGGGCGUCCAUUGCCGCUGCUCCCACUCUGUGGAUUCCGAGAGAGCAGCACAGGGCAGCACGCUGCCGGGGGGAGCAUGGGGCACGCAGGGGGGGGGGCAAUGAGUCACACAUGGAAAUGCAUGACGCAUGGGAGGCGGAAGAGGAGGCGAGGCUGACAAUGGGUGAUAGUGGGGAGGAGAGGGCGGAGACGCGUGAAGGUGUGGGAGGGCAGCGAGGAGGAGAGGUGAGAGGCACAGCAGCCGCUGUGACCAGCACCACCCCUCUCCCCCUCUCCGCCCCGCCCCCCCAGCGCCUGCUGGAUGCGUGGCGCCGCGCGCUCAAGCUGCAGGGGCUGAUGGGGGCGCGGGAGGCACAGCGCAUGGGGGAGAGCGUGGCGGGGCAGUGGGUGCAGUGGCAGGCGGGCAGAGGGGAGGGGGGGAGUGGUGGGGAGGGGCGGGGAGGAGGAGAUGGGGCGUGUGGAGGAGAGGUGUGUGGAGAGCAGGCAGGGUGUGAUGUGGUGGUGGUGAAGCAUGGGUGCGGUGCCAUGCAGGGUGCUGCCGUGACCAGGUGUGGUGUUGCCGUGACCAGGUGUGGUGUUGCCGUGACCAGGUGGUCGGUCAUCGUGCCAUCCGAGUGGCUGCAGGUGUGCUGGUACCCGUUCAUCCUGCACGGUGCACAUGCCAUCGGGCUAGCCGAGAGGCACACGCUCUUCACAGCGGCGGGUCUGCCUCUCUUUCCUUACGACUACUCUGAGACGUUCGGCUACAGGUGCCACGUGGCAGCCUCCUAUUUGCUGCAGCGCGCCCGCUAUGACCGCACACCACCCUCCAAGCGCCCUCUGUGCCCCCCCCUGCCGCCUGCUUGGGCUGCUGCUUCUGGCGCGUGGGGAGGGGCGGGGGAAGGAGGAGAGAGAGGGAGAGACGGGGGGGAAGGGAGAGAAGGGGGUGGAGGGGAGGCAGAGGCGGACAUGGACUUGAGGGUGGCGCGCUGCUCUGCUCGCGCGCUCUCUGCCUUGCUGCCUGCUGCUCUGCGCCACGGCUCUCGUGCUGCUGCUCACGGGGAUGCUGCUGACGGUGAGGGGGGGGGCGGCAGGGGAUUAUGGGUGGAUGGGCGUGUCACAGACCAGGGCGGGAAAGGGCACGCAGGGCAGGCGGGCAGUGGAGGAGGUGGGUGGAAGCUGGGAGCGGUGGGCGGGGCGCAUGGCUCACGGGUGGGCGGGGCGCAUGGCUCACGGGUGGGCGGGGCGCAUGGCUCACGGGUGAGUGUGGAGUGGAGGCGAGUGGGGGAGAGGGAGAGAGGGUCGACCACAUGGGAGGAGAGAGGGGCUGAUGCUGCUGGUGGGGCAUGUGUGGCGGAUGGGCAUGGAGGGGGGAGCGUGGGCAUGGCAAUGGAUGUGGACUCGCCUGCGGCAUGCCCACCACUGCCCCUCCAUGCGCUCUCAAGCACCGCAGCGCCACCACGGCAGCAUGAGCAGCAGGGGACGUGCAUGGUGGCGGUGCGAGUGGUGCCGGCGGGCAGGGGGGCAGCGCAGGCAGCAGCAGAGCUGUGUGUGCCGUCGCCUCAAGACUUCCACCGCUUCUGCUUCCGACGCAAUGGGGCUUCUGUGCACGGCGUUCACUCACCUCGUGCCAGUCCCCUGCGCCUAGGCCCAACUCUUGCUCUUGCCCUUCCCCUCCAACUACCGCCUCUGCCCGUCUACCCUGGCAGCGUCCGUGCCUCUGCCUGGCGUGGAGUUGUCCUCCCUCCCUCUCUCCUCCGCACCAGGCUCGGCUCCGUACCUGUUGCCAUGGCUCGGAAGACGAAGCGGCAGGUGCAGAAGCAGAAGCAGAGGGAGAGGCGGCGAGGCACAGAGGAAGAGCAAUAUGUGGCGAGCUUGAGGGAGACAGAGGGGCUGCAGAGGAAGGAGGGCGACGGAGCCAGGGGAGGGGGUCAAUGGUGUGGGGGGACAAGGCGCGGGAUUAGGGAAGUGGUUGGGUUUGUGACGAGUGCAGCACCGCGAGGCAGCAAGAGCCGAGUGUCGCUUGGGUGUGUGCGAGCAUCAGCCUUGCACGCAGCUGCGUGCCGCCAGUACUCCUCCACCAUCCCCUCCCUCUCCACCAUCCCCUCCAUCUCCACCACCUCGCCCUCUGCCGCGCUUCUUCCUUCCGUACGAGUGCUGCUGCUCAUGCGCUGCCCCGCCUCCUCUGCCUUCCGCCCCGUGCUCGUCUCACUGGCUGCGGAAGACUCGGGACACCUGGCAAGCACCGGAUGGUCGUGA